AGCCUCAUCCCGUCAGAAUCUCCCCCACAGUCACUGGGAACAAAGAACAUGCUACGCCAGACACACAUGGUGGGUCAGCACCUGUCACUAAACAGGACUUCCACAACCUUGUAGUGGAGAUAAAAAAUUUGCUGGUGCCUGAUGUGGUGAUCAUUAAGGCAGACUUACAAGCACCCAUAGAUAGAGUAAAGGCCUCUGAGGAAGAUAUUUCUAACCUCAAACAUGGUCUGUUUUCACUGACAAUCUCUGUACAACACUUACAAGUAUCAUACUUUGCCUUAUCACUCCAUUAUACCGCACUGGAUAAGAGGUCUCGCCGCAAUCACCUAAAAAUGAGGGGUAUCCCUGAUGCUGUCAAGCCGGAGGAGCUCCUGCACUACGGGAGGCGCUAG